GUGGUCAGAACAAGCUUUCUGAGAGUACUGAGGAUGAGUACUGAAAAAUGAACAGGGCUGUAGCUAGAGCACAGAUUUUAAUUAUUCCAGUUCUGUAGUACUGGCUUUCAGGGUAAGUAUUGCUACGGGUUUGCUCAUUUUUUUAUUUAAUCAUUUUAAGGUGCUUCUUGACCUAUAUUUAUGCAUAUUAUUAUUUGAUUUUGUGCUUUCUAACAAAAUCCUACCACAGGGAGACAUUUUAUUCUGUGUUCCGUAUGAAAUAAUUUACUAAAUAUGUAUUAAAAGCAAGCUAAAUACAUAAUUGCAGUUUACACUUUAUUUCCUCAAAUCCACAUGCUCAGAAGAGAGAUUGAAUGAUUGAAGAGAAAUGAUUUGAGACUCAGAAUUAAAUAUUAUAUGUGAUAGAACUAAAUUGAAAUGCAAAAUAAGGGCGUUUUUCCAUUUAUAUUCCUGCCGGUUUUCCUGUUAUAUCCUUGGGGGACUCCUUCCCAUCAAAAAACACCGCUUGCUGACUUUGAACGUGUUUUGCUGAGCAGUUCUAUUAAUUUAAACUCCUCUCUUUUGAAUAGUUCCAUGUUAUUGGUCAACAGUUUGAUUGCUAAUACAUUACCACAUAUAAAAGGAACUUUUAAUACCUUUAGGGAGUUGAAAGGAGUUUUAAAUUUCACAUAAAUGAACCCAAAUUAAGGAGGUGCAUGCAAAGCUUGAAUUUGUAUUUUGUUUUUCAUUCUAAAUGUCUAAAUUGGUAAGUUGUUCUCUCUAGUGAUUAGUCAUCAUCUAAAUGAGCAUUUUGUAAUUUGUAUCUGUGAAACAUUGUAUUAAUGGACUCCUUUUUUGGCAGUGCUUUACUAUGAUGGAGAAAAUUGUCCUGCUUUUUUCUUAAGAAUUUUUUUACAGAUAAUUGUACUGUAAUUGCUAAGACCUGUGUUUUCUGCCUGUGUGUCUGUUUGAUUUAAUGACUUCCUGUUAUCUCUUUCUACUACUCUGCAGAUCAUUUGUCAGGGGAUUUGCAUCAGUAUAUCUGGAACUCUUUGUUUUUUGACAUAAAAGGAUGCUCAAUGUUUUUACAGUAACCAAAGUCACCCUUAAGCCAGUUAGAUGAACAUGUAACCAUGACUGGCUAUAUACAUUGAAUUAAGUUCUUGCUAAGAUGAGAAAAAUAAGUAAUAUCUACUUAGAAAAAAAAUGUAAAUUCAGUGACAGGUUUUUGUAUCUUUGGUCCUACAGAGAGUGGUUCUUUAGUAACUGGGACCCCCACGAGUGCAUUUAUGUCAGUUACUGCUGGACCAUUCUCUAUAGGACCAGGAGUAUCAAAACUUGUCAUAUGAUUUCCAUUUUUUAAUUAAAGUGGGAAUUACUUAUUCAUCCUGCAUUAGGAAUUAACAGAUCUGCACAAUAGCCUGUAUUUACCUUCAGCAGCAUAUUUUAGGAAGUGCACUAUUAGAAUUUCCCCACCCUAACUUUAAUUUGCACGUCAAAUUUUGUUCUCUCAGGUUCUUGAAAAAGUGCCAUUAAGUAGUGCUUUGUCACUACAUCUGAGAACAUAUGUUUUGUAGCUUCCCUCCAGAAAUCGUUUACCAUGUGAGAAGGUGAAGCGUCAUACCUGCCAGGCUGGCAAGGGGAGGACAGAACUCUGCUUUCAAUCACACCGCCACCUGUCAGCAUGAAUAAAUAUGUCAAAGACCUGAUCAAAAUCAGAGUAGUUAACACCAAUGCAAUUUAUUUCCCUAAUGCGUGGAAAAGAACAGUUACCAAGCAAAUUAAAAUAACGAGGACCUCUAGAAACACAAGACACUACUGCAGACCCUCGAAGCACUAAGUCACCUGUGAAAUUCUAGGAGAGACUCAUCUUCAUGUUGACAUGCAUUUAUGAGGAGGUUAUUUCUAGCACUGAAAUUGAACGUGUAGAAGGAAAAAUGGAUCCUUUGCUUUGGCCGUCAGAAACUAACAGCUUUCGACGUUUCACUCCUGAGUCCCUGACAGCAAUUGAGAAAAGAAUUGCUGAGAAAAAAAAUAGACAAACCAAAGAUAAGGAGGAGAGUCAACAAGUUGAAGAAGAUCAACUUAAUCCGCAACUGGAUCUGAAAGCAUGCAAAAAACUACCGUCUCUCUAUGGGGAUCUUCCUGAGGAGUAUAUUGGGGAACCCCUGGAAGAUUUUGAUCCAUACUACAGUGACCAUAAGACUUUCAUGGUGCUAAAUAAAAGGAGGACUAUCUUCCGGUUUACUGCUAUGCCUGCUUUGUUUAUACUUGGUCCUUUUAAUCCAGUGAGAAAAGCAGCAAUUAAAAUUCUGAUCCAUUCAUAUCCUUUAUUGUUUGUUGGGUUUAUUACAUGUACUGUGGUACUCAAUUGUGCUUCUAUGACUGCAUCUACCCUUCCAGUAGGGCUCAACUGGACUGAACAUCUUUUUACUGGGAUUUAUACUGGUGAAAUACUGAUAAAAGUAUUAGCAAGAGGAUUUGUUUGGGAUGAAUUUACAUUUCUUCGAGACCCGUGGAACUGCUUGGAUUUUUUUGUCAUUAUUGUAACGUAUAUUAGUAUCUGUACACCAUUGGGCAAUGUUUCAGCUCUUCGGACUUUCAGAGUACUGAGGACUUUGAAAGCUAUUUCAGUAAUACCAGGUCUGAAGGUCAUCGUAAAUUCGCUUGUUGAAUCUGUUAAGAAACUUACUGAUGUGUUGAUCCUGACUAUUUUUUGCUUGAGUAUAUUUGCUUUAAUAGGCCUUCAGCUUUUUAUGGGCAAUUUAAAAUACAAAUGUGUCCUCAAUAAUUCCACAUAUAAUGAUACACUGUGUAAGGAUGCUAAGAUCUAUGUCCCAAGUAAUGAAGAUAUCUGCUACAGAAUGAAUAAAUCUUCUGAAAUAUUGCUCUGUGGGUUCAGUUCGAAUCCUCACGAAGAGUGCCCAGAAAACUAUAGCUGCUUGAAGAUUGGGAAGAAUCCUGACUUUGGGUACACAAGUUUUGAUCAUUUUGGCUGGGCCUUCCUCUCCUUAUUCCGUCUGAUGACACAAGAUUACUGGGAGCGUCUCUACAGACAAACUAUCCGUACAUCUGGAAAGAACUACAUUUUAUUUUUUCUGGGGGUCAUCUUUUUAUGUUCCUUUUAUCUCUUCAAUCUGAUCUUGGCUGUAGUAACUAUGGCAUAUGAAGAGCAAAGUAGAGCCACCCUUGCCGAAACAGAGGCAAAGGAAAAAUUACUUCAGGAUGCCCAACAAAUUCUAGAGAAAGAAAAGAUGAUGGCUGGUGGAGAAAGUGAUAACACUUUACAUGUCAGAUCUGAAAUGUCAGUUGCUGACUUGAAAAUGUUAAAAGAAAAAGAGAAUAAGGAAGAAAAUCCUAUUUCAAGACAAAGCUUAAUUUUGAGUGAUCAAAGGAAAGAGGAAAAUAUAUUUCACUCUCAGCCUGAUCAUUGCCAAAAAAAGCUUAGGCAAGUAUUACUGUCCUAUGAAUUGUCAGUGGACUCCAUUAAUGAUCCUUAUCGAAGACAGAGGUUAAUGAGUGCAGCCACUGUUAUUACAGAUAAUUUAGAAUUGCAGGAGUCAAAACUGAAAUGCCCAUCAUUUCUGAGACGUUUCACUCAAAGGUAUCUGAUUUGGAGAUGUUGCCCAUUCUGGCUAGUAGUCAAAGAGAAGGUGAAAUUGGUAAUACUGGAUCCAUUUGUUGAUCUCUUAAUCACGAUUUGCAUUAUGGUGAAUACUUUAUUCAUGGCCCUGGAGUACCCUGGGAUGCCACCAGCUUAUGCGCGCAUGAUUUGUAUAAGUGACAAGGUCUUCACUUUCAUUUUUACAGCAGAAAUGGUCUUGAAAAUCAUCGCUCUAGAUCCCUACCACUAUUUUCAGCAAAAAUGGAAUAUUUUUGAUAGUGUAGUUGUUAUGAUUGGCCUAAUAAGCUUUGAAGAAAAUUUGUCUUUUUUCAGGCUGAUCAGAAUCUUCAAAUUGGCAAAGUCCUGGCCAGCCUUAAACACUCUGAUGAAAAUAAUUUUAAAUUCAGUUGGUGCUCUGGGUAACCUCACUCUAGUUUUGAUUAUCACUAUAUUUAUUUUUGCUGUAGUAGGAAAGCAGGUUUUAGGCAAAUGCUAUGAGGAAAACUACCACAGAAUAAACAUUGACAAGAAUUUACGCUGGCAUAUGAAGGAUUUUUUUCAUUCAUUCCUGAUUAUAUUCCGAAUUUUAUGUGGUGAAUGGAUUGAAAUGAUGUGGGAAUGUAUGCAAGUGGCUGGAGAAGGGCUGUGUCUUCCCAUUUUCUUGCUAGUCCUGAUGAUAGGAAACCUAGUGGUGCUCAACCUAUUCAUCGCGUUGCUGCUGAGUUCAUUCAGUACUGACUCUUCGAUGGGACAAGAGGAAACUGCAAAAGAGACCAAAUGUCAGAUUGCCAUUGCUCAGAUUCACGAGGGCCUGCAGUCUCUGAAGCACAAAAUUUUGGAUCAUUGUGGCAAAAUAAUGAAACGAAGUCUCAAAACAACAACCAAAAGGAAGACUGUGGUGAAAAUUUCUGCCAAAGACCUAGAGGAAAAUAACCAUGCCAUGGCAGAUAUCACAAAGGAUGUAGAAAACUAUUGCUUUGACAUUGGGUGUUACAAUAAUAAGGAGAAUUCCUCAAUGACAAAGAAAUAUGAAGAAUUUUUAAUGAACCGUACCUCUGUUCCCAUUGCAGUAGCAGAUGAUUACAGUGAUGAAGAUGAUAGUGAGCAGAGUGGAUGCACAGCAGUGGAAUACAGAAAAUGGCAGGGAGACCAAUUAAGACAUAGAGCACGGUGCGAAACCUCAAGUGAUUGCAGUCAAUUGCCUGAGACUUUCGAAAUCGUGAGUGACUUUUCAGAAAUGCAAGAAAUUAAAGAGCAGAAAGAGAAACUUGAUGUUGGUAGUUAUUCUGAAGCCAGCACUGUGGAUCCAGUUAUUCCUAUGGAGAUAUUUUCCCAGGCUAAAAAGCCACAGAUACCUAAGGACUGUCUUGGAGAAAGUUGUGUCCAACAUUUUCCGUGUUGUGUAGUGGAUAUCACUACAUUUCCAGGAAGUGCUUGGUGGAAAUUUAGAAAAACCUGCUACAGAAUUGUUAAACACAGCUGGUUUGAAAAUUUUAUCAUUUUUGUGAUAAUAUUGAGCAGUGCAGCACUGGCAUUUGAAGAUAUUUACCUUGAGAAAAGAAAAAAAGUUAAAAUGCUCCUAGAAUAUGCAGAUAAAAUAUUUACUUACAUCUUUUUUAUGGAGAUGCUUCUGAAAUGGGUGGCUUAUGGCUUCCAAACUUAUUUCACAAAUGCCUGGUGUUGGCUUGACUUCAUCAUUGUAUGUCUUUCAUUUGUUUCCUGGGGGCUAAAAUCUGUUUCCCAAGACACAUCACUUUGUUCCCGUGGCAGUGCCUUGAAAUCUCUCCGAACACUCAGAGCCUUGAGGCCUCUACGAGCUUUAUCUAGAUUUGAAGGGAUAAAGGUUGUUGUGAAUGCACUCUUGGGAGCUAUCCCCUCAAUCUUGAACGUUUUGCUCGUCUGUGUUGUCUUCUGGCUCCUAUUUAACAUCGUAGGAGUACAGCUACUUGGAAAAAAAUUUUGGAAAUGCACGCUCAAGGCUGGAAAUAUCAGUCUGAUUAAUAACAGAAGUGAUUGUAAUGCCUAUGGUGGAACCUGGGAGAAUGGUCCUGUAAACUUUGAUCAUGUUGGAAUGGGAUACUUGGCUCUUCUCGAAGUGGCAACCUUUAAAGGUUGGAUGGACAUUAUGUAUGCAGCAGUGGAUUCACGUCAGAAAGAUGAACAGCCAACGUUUGAACACUUCUUAAGCAUGUAUAUUUAUUUUGUGAUUUUCAUCAUCUUUGGAUCUUUUUUCAUGCUGAACCUCUUCAUUGGAGUGGUUAUUAGCAAUUUUAACCAACAAAGGAAAAAGUUAGGUGGAAAAGAUUUAUUUUUGACUGAGGAACAGAAAAAGUACUAUAAUGCACUAAAAAAGCUUGGAUCCAAGAAACCUCAAAAACCCAUCCCAAGACCAUUGAAUGUGUUCCAAGGAUUUCUUUUUGAUAUUGUAUCACACAAAGCAUUUGACAUUACUGUUGUGAUUCUUAUCUGUCUCAAUAUGGUUGUUAUGAUGACAGAAAAUGAGAAUAAAGACAUCAGGAAAGUUCUUAAUAAUAUCAACCGCUUUUUUGUGGCCAUAUUUACUGGGGAAUGUGUCAUAAAAAUACUGGCCCUAAGACAAUAUUUCUUCACCAGUGGCUGGAACAUAUUUGACUUAGCUGUCGUGAUCCUUUCACUAAUUAGUAUUGGACUCUCUGAAGUUUUAGAAUCUUUCUUCUCUCCUACACUUCUGAGAAUUUUUCGUUUGGUGCGAAUUGGCCGAAUCCUGAGGUUAAUUCGAAAAGCUAGAGGAAUUCGAACUCUCCUUUUUGCAUUACUGAUGUCUCUUCCUGCUCUGUUCAACAUUGGUCUUCUACUCUUUCUGGUUAUGUUCAUUUAUGCUAUUGUGGGCAUGGCAAACUUUGCUUGUGUUAACUGGAAAGGUGGUAUUGAUAACCUUUUCAACUUUCAAACCUUUGAUAGUAGCAUGCUGUGUCUCUUCCAAAUUACAACAUCAGCUGGCUGGGAUGGUCUUUUGAGCCCUCUGUUAAGCAGUCCUGAUUCAUGUGCUCCCAACUUAAAUUUAACAAAUAGAAAAGAUAUUAGCUGUGUAAGUCAGACAGUUGGCAUUAUAUUUUUUGUAAGCUAUAUCGUUAUAUCAUUUCUCAUUGUUGUAAAUAUGUACAUAGCCGUCAUUUUAGAGAACUUCAGUGUUGCCACUGAAGAAAGCACUGACCCUCUCUGUGAGGAUGACUUUGAUAUGUUUUAUGAAGUCUGGGGAAAUUUUGAUCCUCAGGCAACACAGUUUAUUGAAUAUUCCGCUCUUUCAGACUUUGCAGAUGCUCUGGCAGAACCCUUACGCAUUCCAAAGCCAAAUACGAUUCAGCUCAUAUCAAUGGACCUCCCUAUAGUUAGUGGAGAUAAGAUCCACUGCUUGGAUAUCUUGCUUGCUUUCACUAAAAGGGUGUUAGGAGAAUCUGGGAAUGUGGAUGGUCUUGAAUUACACAUGGAGGAAAAAUUUAUGGCUGCGAAUCCAUCUAAAGUUUCCUACAAGCCAAUCACUACCACGCUUAAAAGAAAACAAGAGGAGGUAUCGGCUCUUAUUAUUCAAAGGGCCUUCAGGAGAUAUCUGAUGCAUCGUUCUUUGAAACAUGCGUCUUUCUUAUACCGCCUUAAACAUUGUAACAGUGCUGUCUUUGAAGAAGCAAUACAUGAGAAGGAAGGUCUUAGUGCAUUAAUGCUUAAUGAAAAUUAUGGUAGGAAUCUAGAUAAAUCACAGACUACAUCUUCCAUAUCUCUGCCUUUAUUUUAUGAUGGUAUUGCUGAAACAGACAGUGAUAACGUGGAGACAUAAAAUUGCCCCCACCUGCAGCAUUUUUGAUUAAACUACUAUCAGUUAUUUUCAGUUUGAGAAAAUCUUUUGAUCCUAGAACAUAAUAUUCUAAAUUUACAAUAAUUAUGGUAGACUUUAAGUAUUGUUCAGUUUUGGAAACGCUCCUCAAAACAAGUAAGAUUUAAAAAACUUUCUCGUAAACACGAAAGGAAAAUCAAACCAUGGGAUUUUUUUCCUCAGCUACUGGAGUUGGUGAGUUAAUUUUACACUUGCCAUUUUUUAUAUUACUUGAUAUUUCUGUGUUUAUACAAAAACUCUAUGCAAGAUCAAUUAUAACUAUAAUAUGAUUAAUAAACACACAAGGCUGUAGAACAAUAUAUAUCUCUUUAGAGAUAAAGCCUGUCUUGUACAAAUUAAUUGAAAGUUUUAAUGUAACGUACUUAUUUAUAGCAAUGCAUUGCCUUAUGUUUGGUUUGAAAAAUAUUCUAUUAUUGUAGCAAAAUGAAAUAAUUACUGCAAUGGCUGUAAAGGAAAUUACUCAAGACGACAGUUAAAUAUAAUCAGACCCUAAUUUUUAAGUUGUCUUCCUCCUGGAGCUUUUGGCAGGAUUUAUUCAUGCUUAGGAAUUUUUGAGCUGUCUUUACUCGUGCUCCUAAAUGGAUUUAGCAAAUCAUACUUAGGUACCUGUGCCUGAAAGUUGUAUAUAACUUGUUUUCUUUAUCAUUCAGUGUAUGAAAGCCAUGGUGGUAAUGAUUAUUAAAAUAAAAGGAAAUAGUGCAGGAGGUAUGGUUUCCAGAAAAUCUUGGA